AUCUCCUCUGUGUACACCAGCUGAUCGGAGCAGGAGCAGGUCCGUCAUUAUUAUCGUUAUUUGUAGAGAAUAUCUGGGAGCACGCAGGGUCUGGGUCUCUCUCUGCGCUCGCGUUCAGCGGGAAACAGCAGCGCGUACAGCUGACACCGAGCCUCGCGAGGCUUGUUUGUUUUUGUUCAUACAUCACCAAGGCCUACCUGCGAUGCUAAGCUAAUUAGAUAGCAGGAUUCAUGGAAGUGAACCGCUGAUAAACGAAGCGAACGGCCAGGGAAUAUCUUCCCAGCCACCCUCGAGCUAACGAUGGAGGUGUGAUGAACGUACAGAUAUCGAUUAUUGAGCUAAUAUCGGUCGUCAAUGGCUAGAGAGUGAUCGGAAGGUGGCCACAGACAGGCUCUGACAGACGAACACAGGUACCUGGUGGCAGCAGCGCUCUCCUCUAGCUGAAGAUGUGGCUCAAACUGUUCUUCCUGCUGCUGUAUUUCAUGGUGCUGUUCACGCUGGCGAGGAUUUUUGAGGCAGUGGUCUGGUAUGAGACCGGAAUGUUCGCCACCCAGCUGGUGGACCCAGUUACUCUCAGUUAUAAGAAGUUGAAGACCAUCCUGGAGUGUCGGGGGCUGGGGUACUCCGGACUGGCUGAGAAGAAGGAUGUGAGCGAGCUGGUAGAGAGAUCAGGAGAGCUGACACAGGGGGAGCUGUACUCAGCCAUCAAGAAAGAGAAGGAGCAGACAGAGGCAGGAGAUGCCAGCACUACACACUUCAGUGGAGAGAUGCACUUCUAUGAAUUAGUGGAGGACACUAAAGAUGGGAUCUGGCUAGUUCAGGUCAUUGCUCAAGGCCGGGAAGCUCUGCUCAGUCAGUCCAACUGGGAGAAAAUGGUUCAGAAAGUGUCUCAGUUUGGGAUCAGAACUGGAACCUUCAAUUGCUCUAAUGACUACAGGUCAUGUAUCAAGCGUGGCUGGCAGCGCUCCACUCUCAUCAUGUCUGUUCCUCAGACUUCAGCGUCAAAGGGCAAAGUCAUGCUCAAGGAAUACAAUGGCCAUCGCAUUGAAACCGAACACAUCUUCCGCUGGAUGACCUCACAUGUUGCUCAUCGAAUCAAAACCCUGCGUCGUUCUGUGCAGCUGGUGGAGGAGUGGCGCUCUGACCCAGCCCACCCAGUAAAGAUGUUUCUGUUCGCCCGUCUGUCCCAGCCACCUGCCUUCUUCUCCUCGCUGUCCAUCAAGUUCACUGGCAGGAUCGAGUUCAUCUAUGUAGACGUACGUCACUGGGACAACCGCAGCACCCUAUCAGAGAUCGGUGUGACACAUAGCCCCGCUUACAUCCUCAAGAUGCCUGAGGGCAUUUAUCGCUAUGGCAACAGUACCGGGGAGUUUCUGUCCCUGGCUGCCAUGGAUACUUUCCUGCGUUCUGUCCAGCCAGAGGUCAAUGACCUGUUUGUCCUCAGUCUGGUUCUGAUCAACUUGCUGGCCUGGAUGGACCUCUUCAUUACACAGGGAGCAACAGUGAAACGAUUUGUAGUUCUGAUCCGAACACUUGGAACCUACAACUCCAUACUGCUGGUGUCCUGGCUUCCUGUUCUGGCUCUCCUCCAGCUGCCCUAUCUGGACACUCUGUAUGGAUACAGUCUGAAGCUUCUUCGUUAUGCUGACACCACCACACUGGCCAGCCUGGUUAGAGCUGACUGGACAUUCUACUCGUCCCACCCAGCUCUCUUCCUGUCCACCUACCUGGCCCACGGCCUGCUUGUUGACUACUUUGAGAAGAAACGUCGCUGUGGCAUCAGAAGCCAAGAGGACAGCACCACCAACUUAGAGUGGCUGGCCAGUCUGUGGGACUGGUACACUUCCUACCUGCUCCACCCAAUUGCAUCACUGCAGCAGGUCCCAUCUGACCACUCAGACUGGGAGGAUGAUCCCAACUUCCUUUUUGAGCGUUUGGCUUUCCCUGAUCUCUGGCUUCGCCCAUUAGUAAACAUGGACUACAUUAAAGCCCUGCCAACUUGGAGGUUCAGAGCUGUAGGUCUGCACGGGGGGGAGGGGUCUGGUGGAAGGCUGGAUGAUGAGACAGAUAGUUCACAUUCAGACACAGAGAGCAGGGAGCAGAGAGAUUCCCCUCCUGCAGGUCCCAGCAGCUGCAGAAGGCACGAGAAAUCAUUGUGCAAUCAGGACAACAACACACAGCUCUCUGUGUACAACAACAUGGACUCUGCCUCUGCCACUGCCGCUGCAUCGUCCUUCUGCUGUCGUCAUGGGAACAGAAGCUCACCAUCAACCGACGAGGUGAAGGAGGAUAGCUGCCUCACAUUUGAAGGUGUCUCAAACCAUCAGCACUGUGAUUGGUCAGUGUGGCCCGUUGACAUUCUGCAGUGUUCAGAGUGUGUGGUGUGUCUGGAGAACUUUGUCAGUGAGGAGCUGCUGAUGGGUUUGCCCUGUGGCCACGCCUUCCACCAGCAGUGCAUUGUGGUGUGGCUGGCAGCAGGCAGACACUGCUGCCCAGUGUGUCGUUGGCCCAGCUACAAGAAGAAACAGCAGAGAGCUGCAAAGAGCAGCUCUACUAAAAACAGACUGCAGGACUGAUGAGUAAAUCUAACUGAGCCCUUCUUAUCUUCAUGUCUCCUCUCUUCUCUCUCUGUUCAUUGGCACCAAGCUCACUGGGCAUUGAGACUGUGUCUGUUAUCAUCACAGCUUGCUUGGGUGAAGUCAGGACUGGGGAGGAAUGAAGUAGGAUACAUCAGUCAGUUGGGCUGAUGUUGUCAUGAGCCAUCAAUCAGCUUGUUUCCAUUCCUGUUGAAGGCAAUGUGCUGGCCAUCAUAGCAGACAGACGGAAUGAAUGCCCAGUCAACUUGCUUUCUGAAUACAGAGGAUAUUGAGUCACAAGAAGUUGCUUACUAUAUCAAGUCAACUGCAUCAAAAUACAAUUGUAUAAUAACACAUGUACACUGUCUGCUCCACCCUGUAUCAUGACUGACAAAUGCAAAAACCUCUGUGUUUGAUUUUGUAUGUUAAUUAGACUUUUGUUAAGAAUAGAGGGAAGUCGAUAGCUCUUACUGAACCCUCUCUCAUAACAAAAGAAACGUCAGUCAGCACAACAAUGCAAUUCAAAUUAAUCGGUGUGAAAACUACUUCUGUUUCUGAAGGUCUUGACAUGACCCCAUUGACAUCUCCUCACAAUGUACAUUUUUACAUGACUUAAGUAUUUAUUUUGAUUAUCCAGAAAGAAUUUGCUUAAACCAAGUUUCCUACCCCAGCAGUGUCAAUAGUUAUGACCUAAUUCCUGCUCUAGUUUGUCUCUCUAGUGUAAACAUGCAGCACUUGAGUUGUGAUUUAUCACUAAGAACCGUUACACAUACUGUUAAUAGCUGUUGUAAACCUUGAUUUUAGAUAAGGAUACAGAAUACAGCCAGGUGGUCUAAGGGUCUUUUCACACAUGAAAGUCCAAACCAAGGUUUGCGUUUUUGAUACACUGUAUAACUUAGAUCCAGUUUAAUUUGGUUUCACAUUGCAACUAUGCGAGUGCAUUAAACAACUGUAUAUGACAUACCUAGAUCCUGUUGUCAUCACCUACAUGGGCUGCGUCUCCCAAUACUGGCAAGUGAUUUCUUUGUAGACAGGCUUAAUGUCAGUUCAGCAGAUGGCCUUCAAUUGCAGUUUGAAUGAAUGGACAAACAUGAAUGAACAGCUUCAUUUUGUUGCCGCUAUGAUAGUAAUAAUGUCAAUUAAACAUUCAAUCUCCUCUUCACAUGUACUACCACAGCUAAUUUUGUUUUAUUGCGUGGUUUUUAUAUUUGCUCGGUCCUGAUGAUAGCCUGCCAGGACUUCCUGUAAUUGACCCUUUUUAAGUUCCGCCCCUUUUUGCUCUGUGCUCCAAUAACAGCUGAUCAAGCCUCAAUAAGAACCUCGGUCAACUUCCUCCUUGCCUUUACUUAGAUAUGCUGGCUCAUCUGUGUUGAAAAGACAACCACAUUUUGAAAAUGGUAAAAAGAUUAAAGUUUUACACUUGAAAAUACUAUUUGAUCUGGACUGAGACCACCUCUUUACGUCUGACCAAGGUUCGGCUGUUAAGCCAGACCGUGUGACAGGGCCCAUAAUGUGGAUACAGUACCUAAUCACUGAGCCAUGUAAGGGCCUCUAGAUCACCCUCAUUGUGCGUUCCUUGUUCUAAGUAGCUUGAUGUUCACUAAACCACAGACGAUGACGGUUGCCCACCUACAGCUGGGGUCUGCUCGAGGUUUCUGCCUUCUAAAGGUCCAGUGUGUAACAUUUAGGGGGAUCUAUUGAAAUCUACAGAAAUGGAAUAUAAAUAUAAAGAUGUUUUUAAUAGUGUAUAAUCACCUGAAAAUAAGAACUGUGUCUUUAUUACUUUAGAAUGAUUACAUGAUUAUAUCUACUUUAUAUCUACAUAAACCGUGGGCCCAUGGAGUCUGCCAUGUUGAACAGCCAUGUUUCUACAGUAGCCUAGAACAGACAAAACCAAAGACUGGCUCUAGAUAUGGGUGUUCACAUUUUAUGUGCAUUUCACAUCCACCGAAAUUCCUCCUUUGUACUUCCAAGGGGAGGGUGAAGCAAAUGCAAACUACACUACUAGAUGUCACCAAAUCCUACAAACUGGUCCUUUAAAAUCGACGUUUUUUUCCUUGUCCCUGUCGCCAAGUGGUAAUAGUGGGAAUUGUUGGGUCACUGUAAAUAAUUUUACAGUAUGGUCUAGACCUGCUGUAUUUGAAAAGUGUCCUGAGAUAACUUCUGUUAUGAUUUGGCACUAUACAAAUAAGAUUUAAUUUAAUUUAAUUUAAUUAAUGAUUUUAAAGGUUAUACUAUAACAAUAUAACAUUUUAGAGAUUAGUGAUCAGAGGCCACACCCACAACAUUCCACAGCAUAGCCAGUACCACAGCUGAAAAACACAUGAAAGCUGUGAUAAUCAAUACAACAUAUCAAUAUAACAAUCAACAUAUUAUUAACAUAUAUUAACAGUGGGUCAGUAGGUUGUCCUUUGAAUUUAAACUCUCACCUCAUUUUCAGUGACCGGCUCCAAUAAACCCAAUGCACACUACCUGUCCAGCAGCAAACAGCCUUUUAAAAACUAGCUGUUGAACAUAGUAGAGACACAAGCAGCUAAAGAGACAGAUAUUUCCCCCAUGAGCUGGUGAAGAUGAAAACAGCCAGAAGGAGAGUGACUAUUGGACUUAUAUUCAUCAGGUUGAUACAAACACCACUACAAGCAUAAGGAGUUCGGUCUAGACCUGCUCUAUUUGAAAAGUGUCCUGAGAUAACUUCUGUUAUGAAUUGGCACUAUACAAAUAAAAUUGAAUUGAAUUGAAAUACAAUGAUCAUGUUCCUCUGCAGCAGUUUUUAUCCACUGUUUCAACUUCACUGGGUGAUGAUACGGAUGAUAAGGACUACGGUCGAGACCUGCUCUAUUUUGAAUAGUGUCCUGAGAUAACUACUGUUAUGAUUUUGCGCUAUAUAAAUAAAAUUUAAUUGGAUUGAAAAAUUUAAUUGAUAUGUAAGAUGUGUUUUGAGCUUGCAGCUUUAGUGAUAUUAUUUAAUGAAUGCUGUAUCAGGACUUUAAACCAUGAUGUCAGUUUUCCAAAUUGAAUAUUUUAAAAUUAAGGCUAAAAAAGGUUUUGAACUCUACCAUUUGCUGUACAUCUUUCAGAUGUCCAAUGUGGUUGUCUCUGUGAGGUAUAGUCUGCGUGGCUGUUAUUGGCUGACCCUUGCUUUUACCAGAAAUGGACCUGUGUUAGUGAGAACUGAUAUGAAUUUAACAUUGUGGGUAUCAUGUAUGAAGGUCCCAAGUCUUUACUUACAUUGACAGAUGUAACAGAAGGGCCCCACAAUGAUGCUCAGUAGUACAGAAUAGAAUAAUUAAUCCUUUUAAAAGGUCCAGUAGAUAUUUUUUAUAAAAGUAUUUGUAUCAUAUUUGCUGAAACUUUCACUAUAUCUCUAAAGUAGUACAUGAGACAGAUAAUCUUUGAAAAAAUCUGGUUCCUUUGGCUCCUCCAAGUGCUCCUAAUGGCAUUUGCUAGAAUUCAACAACCAAUCAGUGCCAAGAAUGAUUAUUAUAUCUUUCCCUGGACAUCGAAUGCAGACACUUUGAGACCCUGGGAAUGAAACUCAACAAUCAUCUUUCUUCAAUCCUCCAACCCAAAGCUUCCUUGUAUCUUUUUCAGCUCUAAUUGGUUGUUUUCACCCAGCCCUGUUGGAUUCUUGAGCAUUAGGAGUAGCUAGAGUAACCAGAUUUUUUCACAGAUCAUCUGUCUCAGGAUAUAAUGAAAGUAAGCAAAUAAGUCAACAAAUUAUUUUUAUAAAAACUGACCUAUAGUGGCUUUAAUAAACAACGCUCUUAUUAAAAGUGAAUUUCUUGUUAUAUUGAGGAUUUUUAAACAAAUCAGUAUAAAUGACUUGCAGAUAUUAGAAUAAGACUGGAUAGUCCUGCUUCUGGCAAAUAUAGAAACUCCAGCAAGUUAAGGAAACAUAUUCUCUGUAUUGGAUUGCAUAUUGUAUAAGUUACAGUUUACCUUUAAAACUCACAUGUCUUGCUGAUGUCAUUCUGUCUAAAAUCCUACUUGUGGAGCUGUAGCAGGCUGUUUCUUUACCUGUAUUGUUUUAAAAAAAAAAUCCUGAUUUAAAACUGUAAUUUAUCAACUUUUUUUAAGGGUGCUUAACUAUAAUCGUUCAGUUCCUUCCUGUCCUCUUUCUGUCUGUGAAGGGCAAGAAAAGAAAAAUGAUAUGUAAAGUAGUAAUACAAUAAAAUAAAAGAUGUUUCAGCA